UUUCAACUUCCGAUAAUCAAUUGUGUUCGUUACAUACCCCAGAAAUCCAUGGUGUCUGAUCGGGCAUCGUAAUUCAAACAACGCUGUCCUGUUUUACGCAUUUUUUCAUUCAUGGCUCUUUCACAUCUACUUUCACAGAUAUGGAGACUCUACGUCGUCUGGAAUCAGAAUUUCAAACUUUGCAUCCUACCGCUCAUUAUGUGGGUAGCUCACUGUACUACCGCUUCUAUCGCCGUCGCCUUGCUCGCAUCUAAGAACACCAGCAUCUUUUCGCGUACUUUUCGAGUCUUCGCAUUGUCUGGAUGGUCACUCGAGAUGACAUUAAAUGUUACAGUAACCGCUGGUACAAAAGCACCAUGUGGAAUCUGGGGCGCUCAUCACAACCUGUACAUGCGUGAUGUUCUGUUUAUGGGUAGCAGGUAAUGUUGCAGGGACGGUAACAAUCAAUAUUGCAAUACAAGUCGCUACGAUGGCCCCUCUGUCCGUGCUGGUCUUGGACACUCUCAUCUCGGG